AUGAAUGAAAUGCCACGGCCAACAUUUAGAAAGACUUUCCGAUCUGAAGCUUCCGGAUUAGAUUUUGGAGAGGAAACUCUGUAUCUCCCAAAAAAAGUUUCUUGUGGAACACCAACUUUGCAAGAUAUGAUGAAGGCAUUUGUUCAGUAUGAACAAAAAAACGAGCCAAAAAAUCAAUUAAAUUUAUUCAACGAUGCUGAAGAAGCAAAUGAUGUAACAGAAAAACAAUUAUCUCCGAUUUUUACAAAAAAGACAAUUUCAAAUAAAAUAAAUAACAGCAAAGGAGAUUCAGAUGACAGUAGUUUCUCAAUAGAGUUUGAUGAACUUGUUAAAAAGGCUCCAAAGUUUGAUUCAACAACAGAAAUUAAUGAUAUCGGUAGCGUUUAUCAGCCUAAAAGCAUUUCUAAACCAGCAUCAAGAUACCAACCGAACCGCGUUACUUUUAAUGAAAAUCACUCAGCAAGCGAUAUAAAUACUCAAAAUCUCAACAUUUUCUUUUCAAAACAGAAGAAUAUUGAAUUCGAUGUAACAGAUGAACAACAGCCAUUUCAAAGUAGUAAUUUACUUUCAGUAUCAUCGCUCAAUAAAAGAAGAUUAUCUCGUACAAACGUCGAUACAUUUUUCAAGUCAACUCAUGUUAUCGAUCCUAUUCAAGUAUCCCUCCCUAUCAAAGUUAAUCAAGUUCCAACAUCAAAAUACAUAAAUCAACUUAAAUCUAUGACAGCAGAGCUUAAAUCAAUUACAAAAGAUUUAAGGAAGGCCAUUAGUGUUAAGCUAAAUGAAAUUGCAGAUGAACCUCCUGAAAUUAUGCUAAAAUAUCCAAAUUUAACAAGCGAUCAGACAGCUGGCAUCAUUCAGAGCAUUUCUACAAUGAAAGAGUUCUAUUCCAAUGUUGCUACAGCACAUUGUCUCGAAAGACUCCUUGAAGUUGACAAGACAGCUCAAUCAGAAGUAUUAAAACUUUCAAAUGUAGUUAAUCCUCUUAAAGCAACAAUAGGAAAGGCCCAAAAUCAAUUAGGAACUAAAAGAUUUACUCGUGAUGAUGUUCUGAAGAUUUGCAACGAUAUAGAAAAUCAAAAGAAUCAAAAAAGUGACGAAGAAUACAAAAUCCUUUAUAAUUUACUUGUUUCUUCGAUUCCAUUUAAAGUUAACAGUAUCUUUACAAAGAGAGACACUCCUUCUGUAACGAUAACAAAUGGUUCUAAAGUAGAAAGAACAAAUUCGACUUCGGCAAAUGAUUUUUAUACUGAUAUAUCAAUUGCAAACAGAAACAUGAAAUUGAUUACAGAAAUUCGUGAAAUAACAAAGAUGGUUCCACAUGUUAUAUUUGAUGGAAGGUCUCUUACUUUUCUUAUAUCAAGUGAUAGAAAGAAACUGAGAUUUGCUGUUAAUUUGAGAAUUCCUGAUCAAUAUCCUUGGAUGAAGUUGAUAUUGGUUGCUGUUAGAGCUGAUUUUGGUGUUACUGAGAAUGAUGGGAGGAAUUACAUUGCUAAUGUUUUAGGUCAGAUUCAACUUGGCCCGAAGCAAAUUAAAAGAUUUGUUGAUACAUUAAUUAAUAAGUAUUGUUAA